GCUACCUCUCUCACACACACACACACACUUACACUCCCUCGAUCGUUGCAGUAAUCGAGCGUCGAGCUCCAUGAUCUGCACCUCUGCAAGUAUGCACGGCUCAUGUCGGACGGGAUUCUCGAUAAACAGCGCCAGGCCGGCACAUUCGCGCAGCAGCAGCAGCUUCUCUGCGCGCCCCGCAACCUGUUAGCGUGCGUGUGUGUGCGUGGACCAGGAGGCGGGCUGUUUUAUUUAUUUAUUUAUUUUCAUCAAUAACAACAACAACAGCAGCAGCAGCAGCAGCAACAGCAACAACAAAAGAAUGAGUCGAAAUGGCCGUGGCUUUGCCUCGACGCACACGGCCCCGAGGGCCACCCUGGACACCACGGCCAGUUGAGAGAGCGAGGCGGUGAAUCAUCUUGAUGAGAGUCAAGCGUGGGGUUGGAUGGCCAUGGACCCUUUCAGACAGCUCAUCCUCACCAUCUCGGUGACCAGUUUCCUCACCUUCCAGUGGCUCUUCCACAAAGUCAGCCCCUGGAUGUCCACCCGCAUCAGCCCCAGCUUCCUUGGCCUCAGUGACAAGCAGCGGGUGGAAUGGAACUCAAGGACAGUGUCAACGUUUCACGCACUGUUGGUGGGAAUCUUCUGUCUCUACAUCUUGCUCUUCGAUGAUGUCGUCAAUGAAGAUCCAGUCUGGGGAGAUCCUACACUGGUGAAGACUAAUGUUGCCAUCACAACAGGCUACCUCAUAUCUGAUCUGCUGCUAAUAUUUUACUAUUGGAAGGCGAUAGGCGACAAGUUUUUUGUAGUUCACCAUCUGGCAGCGUUGUAUGCUUACUACUAUGUACUGGGCGAAGGAAUGUUGCCUUAUUUUGCGAACUUCCGCCUGCUCGCUGAGUUUUCUACACCGUGUGUGAACCAGCGCUGGUUCUUCGAGGUAUUGGGUUAUCCCAAGUCUUCGCGGCCCAACAUGGCAAAUGGCGUUGCCAUGGCAGUAGUCUUUUUCAUGGUCCGCAUCGCCGUCAUGCCAGUCUAUUACUGUCGUAUGUAUGCAGUCUAUGGCACUGAGCCCUUCUACCUUGUGCCCUGGGGUGGCCGCGUGGCUUGGAUCGGCUCCAGUAUCUGCUUGGACAUCAUGAACAUCAUGUGGAUGCAUAAGAUCGGCCGCGGCUGCUACAAGGUGUUGCGCACGGCUCACCGGGGCAAAGGCGGCGCACCACCUCAGGAGAAUGGGAAGACAGAUUAAGGCGACCAGGGUGUCCGUGGCAAGCAAACGCCACAAUGUAGACAACAUGACGUGACUCUCGGUGCAGCGGUGAGCAGCAGGUCAAGCUGCUUCAGCAGUAGCACACCUGGUACUUGUGGCUGAAUGUAAUGAUGGAAACUGGGAUUCCUUUUUUUGGGGGGAAAGUGGGUGCGGUCGCUGAGAUGUACCAAUGGACCAUUCGACUGGCCCUCCCUGAGUCAUGAAAUGACGUCUUAGCAAUAUUUUGUGUGCAUGGCCAAUGUUUUCUUUCUUUUUUUCUCUCUUGAAACAGUUCACGACUACACGGAAAGAGAGGUCGUCCAGGGGACAGUGGACUGUUAGCCCAACCACCAAUUGUCAAAAAGUUAACCAUUCUUCACAUAUUUUAGUUUUGUUUCAAAAGCCAGCCUUUAAGAAAUGUACGGGGAUAUUGCGAAUGUCUUGGUGGCAUUUCGCAUUUGAAUGGUGAAUAAAAAAAAAUAAAGGGCUGAAGGGCAUCGGUACCAUACAUGUAGUGUUUUUGUUUGGUCCAUCAGGGGUAGAGGCUUAAGGGAAAUGAUGCGUUCAGGGUUCAUCGGUACAGAUGUGCUUAAAAAAGGCAAACUGAAUGUCAACACUGUGUAGGCAUGUGCCAUUAUGAGAUUUUGACGGUGUGAUAACCAUGGGCAAAAAAUACCGCAGGUUUCACGGUAUCAAGAACGGUAAAUUACCCUGGAGAAAUAGAGGCAACAGGCCAUCAAACAUCUGAUUUGUAAAUACACACGAUUCCAUGUGUAUACAAACUGAUAUUUAGCUGGACAGAAACCAAAAGUUUAGACAUAAACCGAAAUGUGUCCCUGACACUUUUAUCUUGGGGUCUGCAUUUUAUUCAUUUACACGUUGUGCAAUGUAUACUGAAGGGGGUGACACUGACCUGGAGUGCUAAUAAUGGAAUCAGUGUCACAGACAAACCCUAAUGUUCCACAAAAUGCUUUGAAGUGUCACACUUGUUUAUUAUAUCUUUUUUUUUUUUUUUUAGCACAAACUGUUUAUUAUACCCCUGGGCAACAUUUGCCAACCAGCUGCAUGCUGCUAUGUGUUUUCCAAAUGAGGAGUUUUGGAAUUCGACAUGAUUUAAGUACAUUGAUUUGUUUAAAAAUAAAAUAAUAAAACAAAAAGCAGAAUGAAUUUGUUUCUACAGUCUUAGGUUUUGUGUCAAAUCAAAGUAGAAUAAUCAGUGUUUCAUAUGGUUUGAAAAGUUUGUAAGGAAUAUUUUGUAAUUGUUUAAGAGCAUUGUAAUAAAAACAGCUUCUGCCUCAUGUUAUAUAUGAUUUACAACCAGCUUUUAACCACAACAAGCAGUUCCAUAAUUAUCCAUCGGCUGGACACAAGGGUGGCUUUUUUGUUUUCAGUGGGUCUGAAUAUUUUGAGAAGUUGUGAAGGUUAACAUAUUAUGAAUGUUUUGUUCAGCAUCAUUCUACUAACAACACUGAAAACAUGGAACAAUUCAGCUCAAAGUUAUUGAAGAUAACUCAUUCGUUCAAAUGAAAAGUUCGAAUUCAUCUAUGAUUUACCAAACCUACUUGAAUUUUCAUUGUUCGUGUAUUUUUAUGAGCUGUACAUCAAAAGCUGUCAAAUGUGAAACAGAAACAGGGAUUGUUAACAUGCCUUGCUAAUAUGCAGAAUUUUAUUUUGUUGCCUUUUAAAAAACAAACCAGUUAGGAUUGCACAGUGAAUAUUUUGUUAUCGAUCUCCUCACGACACUUUGAUGAACUUGUGUUUUCCGUGUGUAAUGUGAUUGUUUUGCCUUUGUUAAAGAUCAGUUUGAAAUGUUAAACGCUUUUGCGUUUGUUACAGAUUUUAAAGUGUAAAAAAAAGAUGGAAAUUUGCUUACAUGUGCCAGCGCUCGAGCCAUUAUUAUUCCAUGGUAAAACGUUGUGGUGUCGUCAUAGGAUGAUGCUUGUUUCUCUUUUUUUCGAUAGUGCCAACUUGCAACCAGUGGUUCAGAUUAGUUCUGUUCACAACGCACGCUGUGGCCGGUCACAUUAGUAAUGACGAGGCUCGGUAUAAUUUGUCUGUGGUAGAGCUUCUUUCAUUUGCGCCAUAGAACCAGGGUGUUUUGGAUCAGGAUGGACCUGCCGACUUUAUUAUGGGUGUACAUCCUCAACAUUACAAGUGGAUAUCACUAAUGUCACGUCGUAGAAAGCAGCCAGGGUGUGGUGUCUCGUCCGUAUUUCACCGCAAUUCACACAAAAUCGUUUUCGGGACACGCAUGGUCAAUGUGGUCGUCUCCGUGCAUUCUCUAUUACUGCAUGUGGUGUUGCAUGUGGGCAUUGCGCUGUAAACAAACUAGCAUAUACACUUGCAAGACAAUUUUUGUUCCUAUUUUUCUUAGUAAAUGUACAUAAUGGUUACUUAAACUAUAUUCUUGUACUGUGUCACAAUGUAAUCCACAUGAUGAUGAUGCUGUGGGUAGAACAUUUGAAAGCAUAUAUUUAGUCCAGUAUCUGGCACCGAAGUUAUCAGUAAGGUAAUACUUGAACAAGGUUAAUAACAAUCUCGGCAGUGCAAAUAAACAUCAAUACAAUGAGCAAAUUGCAUCAUAAGCGUACCCUUGUCUUUAAUUUAUUAAUCCAAACGAAGUUAAAAAAAAAAACAGUCAUGGUAAGUGAGCGACAGCUCCUUCACUUGAUGCUGGUGUUUUUGUCCUGAAUGUACAGAGGAAGAGGUGUGAGUGCAGUAGGUGGGGUGUGAAGUGACACUGAUUGUGUUGAUCAGAUGAGAAAAUACUCGUCAUUUACAUUUUCAUUUGCUCAUUACAAUACAAUAAAAUACCAAGUUAUCUCCUGCCAAGAAAAAAAUGCUUUGUUGGCACAUUUGAGUGCAUAAUUAAUGAAAACCUUUAUGUGACAUGGAUUUUAUUGUACUGCCAUACAUGUCAUUGUGUUGUUUUUGCUCACCUGACACCGCCUUCUUUGAAGAAAGCAUUAUACAGAAACAUUUUAUUGUCAAUAAAAGCCACAAAGUUAA